AGGACCUAGACUACAAGAAAUUGACGAGAGUGUGAUUCAGCCAUCUUCCAAAAUCAACAAUCCCAUUAACUUGUACUCUCCUUCUUCUACAAGAAACAAAUUACUUACUACUUAUCAUUUUCUCACCUAAACAUAAACACAAACACAAUGGAGACGGUUGGUUCUACCAGGCUUGGCCGUGCAUCCUCCCGUUACGGUGCACCUGCUGUUUUCAGUGGUCCUGUUAGAAAAUGGGAGAAGAAGUGGGUUCACGUUUCUCCUUCUUCCUUUAACAAGACCAACAAUUCUAAUUCCCAAAACAAUAAUACUAACGCUUCGUCUCGUUUGCUUCUCCGUCGUUGGACUCCGGUUACUGCUCCGUCUUCUGCUGAUGAUGUAUCUCAUGAGCCUCCUAGAAGGAAGUUUCGUUAUACUCCUAUUGCUGCUCUAGAAGAACAGAAAAAGGGGGCUGUGGAAAAGGUUGAACGUGAACCAACAACCGAGAGUGACCAAUUGACAGCUAGACAGACAAAUGUGAAUCAUGAGGUGCAUGCGAAGCUGAAUAUGAAUGAAAUUUCAGAGGACACAAAGGAUUCAAACAUGAGUAAGUUGGAUCUUGGUUUGAGCUUCCAAGGAAACAAGAGUGAUGAUCAUUUGGGGAAAAAGUAUCCAGUAGGUGGUCCUUGAACUAAGAGUCUUUUGGAAUUAUAAUAUCACAAGCUGUGUUGAAUCACUUGCCAUCUUAUUCUAUUCAUAAAGAUGUAGUUAGUUAGUCAUAAAUGUACAUAUAGUCAGUAUUUAAUACUUAUAUAGUGCUAGUAGCAUCAGCAACUAGUGUUGAUCAGCAUAGUUGCAUUAUGUGAUAAAUAUGAUUUGAGGCUAUUUAGUGCAUGUAGACAGUAGUAUAUGUGAAUAUAAAAUCUCAAAAUGUGAUUGCCUGUAUUUUUCGACGAAUCCAGAAAUAAAUCCAUAAAA